CGAUUCUUCUCUAAUAAAGCUUAGAAUAAAAGAUGCUAAAAAAGUACCUAAAAGCUUGAUUCGAAAAUGAGUGCACCACUGGUCGACGUCCUAAUACUCGGCGCCGGCCCAGCGGGCCUUGCGACAGCCAACGGCCUCGCACGCCAGCUGCACACAGCCAUCGUUUUCAACUCUUCCAAUUUUCGCAACUCCAACGCCAAACAUAUGCACAAUGUGCCCGGCUGGGAUCACAGGCCGCCUGGCGAGUUUCGGCAGAAGGCCAGGUCUGACAUCCUGGCUCGGUACAGCACGAUACAGUUCAAGGAUGUCGAGGUCGUGCUGGUCAGGAAACUCGACACCGGCUACUUCGAGGCCGUCGACGCGGACAACGGCGUAUAUGUCGGGAAGAAGGUCGUCGUCGCAACGGGUGUGAGGGACAUCAUGCUGGAUGUUCCUGGGUAUAAAGAGUUGUGGGGAACUGGAAUUUUCCACUGCCUAUUCUGUCACGGAUAUGAAGAGCGCGGACACGAGUCUGCCGGGGUAUUGGCGAUGGGACUUAUGGCAAAUCCGGUACACACCCCAGCCAUUUCGCGCAUGGCCUCGAGACUAGCAUAUAAAGUUAACGUAUACACCAACGGCAACCCCGAGUUCGGCGCAGAGCUGCGCGAGCUGUUAAAAUCCACAAAGAAUUUCAACAUCGAAAACCGCAAGAUCGUCGAACUCAAGAAGAACCCCGCCAUCCCUGGCGACGCAGGCGUUCUGGUGACACUGGAGGACGGAACCGUGAACCGGGAGGGUUUUGUGGCUCACGCGCCAGAAACCGUGCAGGCAAGCCCUUUUGCGGAGCAGCUUGGACUUGAGUUGGCGCCACAGGGACACAUCCAGACUGUGGCACCGUUCAACUCCACGAACGUGCCCGGUGUCUUUGCAGCCGGUGAUGGUGCCACAUUUGUGAAAGCCGUGCCAUCCGCGAUCAUGAUGGGCGGUAUGGCAGCGGUGGGUAUCGCGCAUACUCUGCAGGCCGAGGAAGAUGUAGAGGAUUGAAUCCCUAUUUCUGGAUCGGCGUAAUGUUACGGACGCAGCGGAGCACACGUGCGCUCAAAUGUGGUCUCCCUUUUGAAUAUUUUGAUGAUGACUCACGGUGACGAUGGUGUCGUGUGGACAGAUUGCGAGCGAAUGGACAGCGGGGGUCGAGAGAGCUUGAUUCUAGUCAU